CUUCUUCCUCGCGCAAACGGCAAUCCCUAGGCUCUCGAAUCCAUGGAAGCUCCAGGAGAGCUCUUGCUCCUUUCCAUGGCGGCCUUCGCCACCGCCCACCCCGGGGAGCGCGCUUCUAUACAAGCUGCCCUCGGCUCCCUUCCGAGGGCUCCGAGUUCAACCAUGUACUACCGCUUCGGCAGCCAUGGACUCCAAGUUUUGGGAGAGAAUCGCGAGCCCAGCGCCAGCGGUGGAGGCGGCCAAGCGCAGGCGACGCAGCAACAGCAAGGCACCAGCAGCGGCGUCGCGGACAACCGCCGCGAACAUGCAUUCGAUUUUGGGGUCGGAAGCAGCAGCAGCAGCAGCGGCCGCAGGCAUGCCAUGGGCGCCGCACCAUCCGUAGCAACAGGGAUCAGUGGAAGUAAGCGCGUCGCGCGCGAGGAAGGUGGCCAUAGCUGUGGGUUCGAGUUCGAGGGCAGCGAUCAGGGGAGGCAUGCCGCGCGAGGCCAAGCAUGCGGCCUCGGUGGACUUGAUCAAGGCCCCAGCGGUGGCAGCGCGCAUGAUGAGGAUGCCCGCGGCUAUGGAUUUGGGGACGCGCGCUGCGUUGGCCAGCGCAAGGACGCCGCACCAACCCACCAACUACGCAUCGGCGCCGGGCGUGAUCAGGGACGUAGCGUCCGCCUCCGCCGCGAUGCGCGUGAGGAUGGCCGCGGCCGCAGGCUCGAGGAGGGGAACCGCGCCGGUGAUGGCUAUGUCGCUGCUUCGGUUCAAGCCCAUGGGGAUGCAUGCGUGGAGGAUCAGGGAGCCGGUUCGAGCUCAGUUCAGCAACUUCCCAGCAGCGUGGAUGGAAGCGACGGGAUGAUCGCGUUUGAGGUUGGCAAAGAGCUCACUCUACAUGGAUCAGUUGUCUCUAGUCCUUGGAAUGAACUAUGGCUGGGAAAACCUCUCAUCUUUCAUGAUCUGGACCUUGUUCGUGCAAUGAAAGAUCAAGGUGGCAUGCCCAAUGAAAGAAUCGACUUGUCAGGUAAAAUAACAUCGAUUCUCCUCUCUCAUCCUGGCCCUGUUAGUUAUUUCAGAAUUGAUUCAUCUGUCAUCAACAAUGGUGCUCAACAGAAGAUUGAGGAGUGGUGUGAUGUUCUAAGAAAGAAAAAUGUGGAGACAGUGGUGAUGGCAAACUGUCAAUGGCCAUCCCACCCUAUUGAGUUCCCACUUCAAAGUCUUAAUUGCUCAAGCCUUAGGACUCUGCAUCUCUGCUUUUUCAACAUCCCUGAUAUGUACCUCGAUCAUGUUUCAAGUCUUGCUGUCAUAGAUUUGGCAUGCUGCAGAAUAAGCGACGAGAAUUUGUUUGCUCUAGUUUGCCAAUGUGUCAGCCUUAGGGAGCUUGACAUUGGCAUGUUCAGUGAGGGAAAGGAGCGAAUCCGAUCAGAGAGCCUUAAGUUCCUCCAAAUUUGGCGGUCCAGUGUUAGUCACAUUACAAUUCAAUGGGCACCAAAACUUGAGAAGGUCAUUAUUGGAGCAGCACAGGGAAUGAAAUCUUUCUCAAGUCGGACAUCGUCUUCCACAUGGAUAAGUAUUCUUGGAGCUCCUAUGCUUCGAGAAGUAUGGUUCAACUUGUCAAGUCAGACUAGAAGCAUCGACAAUGUUUACUUAGAUGUGGGCCAUGUGCCUAUUACAAGUCUUAGAAAACUUGAGCUGAGUAUUGCUUUCAAAGAGAGAAAGGGCAGACAUGCAUUGUUGAAUUUCUUCAGAUCUUGUACAGAACUGAAAGAACUUGUCCUUUGGAGAGAAGAUAAGGUAUACUUUGAGGAGGAAUGUGACGUUCAUUCUGAUGAUUGGUCAUCUGCAUUGAAAGACAUAGCUUGCCUAAAGUCACAUCUACAAGUUCUCAAGUUGUUUGACUAUGGUGGAGGCGAAACUGAAAUUGCUAUUGCUUCCGCGGUGCUAGAACAUGGGGCUUCCAUAGAAAAUCUUACCAUUAUGUCUACAACAAGUAAUGCGGAUGACAUACUCUCUCAAGCAAAACAGAAGCUUGAGAAGGUUGAGAGGUUAUCACCAAACGCUAGGAUAAAUUUGAAGAAAGAGGAUAACUUUUGUGGUACUUGGAUAUGAAGGGAUCUGCAAAAAGUUGUCAGUUUGAAUGGUUAGUCCUAGUGAGAUAUUCUGCAGUUACAAGACGAUACCAAAUGAAGCAUCAAAACAAGAUUCUAUGAAGACCAACUGAGUAGUCAUUUUACAUGGGUGGGUUCUGUGAAGAUGAAAAACUGAUAUCCUUGGUGUAAGCUUUCAUGGGUAACGAAUACAUGAUACCCGUUGACACCUUGUCCUGAAAAGAUGUACACUAUGUUGUGGCUGCUCUCAAUUUUGUAAACCUGGAGAUAGCCUUUAGCUUAGCAACUGUGUUACUAAAAAAAUGUCUAGUAUUCUGACCUGAUA